GUUCUAUUCUCGUCAAAAAAAUUGAAACUGAUGUAAAUAUCAGCUUACUGUUUGGUUUGACUGCUUCACAAUAUUUGGCACCUUUGCUAUAUCUAAUGCAUAUCGUUUUAAAUUUUUAAACAUGUGUUAUUUUAUGUAUUUUUAUAUAAAUAUAAAGAAAACUCACAUAUUUAGUAAUAUUUAAUAACAUUUUGGCGAGAUAGCUAUUUUCUGAUUGGUUCCCGUUCAGUAACUAAGAUCCAAAAUAUUUGUAUUAACUUGUAAUAAAAAAUUUAAUAUCUGGAAAAAGUGGCAGGCCAUACCAAGAUUAAUUUAUAUGCUUGAUGUAUAAUUCCAUUAACACUUUCUUUCUGUUUUAUUGCUGUUUUGAUUAAAUUAUAAGACAUGUAUAUAUUUGAUAAUACAAACGAUAUCUGCUGUUUUGAUUGAGGCAAUAAUAUAAUGGUUAUUGCAUGUUACAUGUAACAUGUAACCAACCACUUACAAUCCUUGACAGUUUGCAAAAUCAAUCAGAUCAUAAUAAAUUCUAGUUUAGUAAUAGUUUUAUCAAAAUAAUGAUUCUGUCGUUUCCUUCCCUCUUUGUAGUAAAAAAAUAAAUUAGCCAGUCUCAACCAAAUUCGCCUAUUAAAACCCUAGCACUUUCUCCAUAUUCUUCACACAAACAUCACAAGCUUUUUAAAGAGAGAGUGUUUAGUUUUUCUUUUAACUUAUAUAUUACAAAACCUUUAUAACCCACUCAUAUACUCAUCAAUGGCUUAUUCUAAGAUUGCUCUCCUCCUCAUUUUGAAUGUCAUUUUCUUCACCUUGGUCAGCUCGAAUCCAGUCCCUUACCGCAAACCCACUUGUAAAAAUGCUCUUAAAUUCAAGGUGUGUGCCAAUGUGUUGGAUUUGGUUAAGGUUUCUCUACCAACAAGAUCCAAAUGUUGCGGACUUAUCAAAGGUCUAGUUGAUCUUGAAGCCGCAGUUUGUCUCUGCACUGCCUUAAAAGCUGAUCUCCUUGGCCUCAAACUAAAUGUUCCCAUUUCAUUGAGUGUUAUCUUAAACCACUGUGGUAAGAAGGUUCCAUCUGGUUUCAAAUGUGCCUAGUGGUUGCGCAGUUUUAAACUGAGACUCUAAACCAUUACUUCAAAAGUUCAUUUCUUGUUUUGAGAUAUCUAUUUGUUUCUACCAGUAUCCAUUGUUGUACUUUUUACAUGUUUAAUCAAUAAAAUAAGAAGUUUUGGUUCAGAAAAAUUGAAAUAAAAAGUUGCUUAUUCUUUUUAAUUAAUUGAUGCUCUUAAUUUUCAGUGUUACGUGUUAUUACAGUACUGUUCCAUGAACCUUUUAAACAUGAAAUAGAUGCAACCGAUUGAAUAUUUUAUUUAUUAGAUUCCUAUUAGCAUGUACAUAAUCUUGCAUGCCAUCAUCGUAUACUCUGUCCCUGUUGACACAUAUUAACCAAUUGAAAAUUUAAUAAUCAGAGGAGCAUACUUUUAAUGAUUGAUUGAGACCCAACCAGCAAAUAAUUAAAUCACCAACACAA